AAUAACAACCUUUGCUUGCCCUUAGUCUAAGCUUCGUGUAGCCCCAGUCUCCAGCUGCUCUGUCAAAACUCUUUUCUCUAACUUUAUCACCAAACGGGCUUGGGCUCCUGAGCAGUUUCUUGACUCAAUUCAGCUCUCACCCAGAUUCAGUUUUUAUCAGGAUGAAGAAGGUGGUGUUUCUGCUGCUAGCUUUCUACAGCUCCAGAGUGCAAGGAGAAAGGAUAGAGAAGAUAGAGCAGUGCGGAGUCCACUGCUCUCAGGGACUUCGCUGCAAAGCCAAAUCUCAUGUGUCAUUUGGGUUCUGCAAGAAACCCCCAGACAGCAUGAGCAGUGACGUUUUCACCAACACCAGUGUUUCUACGGUGAUGAGGUGUGACUCGAGCCAGCGGUGUUCUGUCCAUCUCAGAGUCAGCACUGUUCUGCAGAUCAGUGAACACAUCCAUGGGAUCUACUUUUGCACGUUUGCAGCAGGGCUGAUGGAGCGUUGCAGGAUUGUGAACUUCCCCAAAACACAGCGAGCAAAACUGGUGGACAAGCAGAAGGUGAAUAUUCAGGAUGACUGCCUGGAAGUUGGCGUAGGGCAAGAUAUGCAUAUAACUCUCAAAACCUGGCCAUGGUUUUGUGACAUGGAUGUUUUCAGAUUACACCAUGCUCCAGAUUGCAGCAACAUGGACAUACGAAGAAGUGUUACUGAAUGCAUCACGGGGAGGAUUCACUAUGAGGUGGAUGUGGAAAGGAAGGAGCUGGCCGUAAGUGUGUCAGAGAUGCUGGAGGACAGAGACUAUCACCUAAGGCUAUGUCACAAGGGCUUCCUCUGCACAGGCACUGGGGAACAUGUGCUGUUAAAAAAGGAGAAUCCACUGAAGAAUGCUACCUUGAAGUAUUCCAGACCUGUGCCGUGCUUGUGUAUUGAGGGCUGGUCAGUAAUGACAGAUGCGCCGCGAGUGCAGGUGUGCCCUUUCAAACAUCGGGUUGAGGAGCUGUGGUCGGGCAUAGCCUUUGACCCUGUGACAGGGACACUGUCAUGGGAAGCAGCAUGCCACAUCAAUGCUGUCGUGAGUCUGUGCGAACUACACGAUGGGGGCAUGUGCGAAGACCUCGCCCAUUCUCAUCAGACCUACGUCAAAGGAAAAGUGACAUAUUCAGCAGUGGAUCCUCACCCACGACUUUGUAUGAAGUUCAAGACAGAGGCUGGGGUGUGGGUUAAGUGCCCAUUUUCGGAGGGGGAUUUCCCAGUCUGGUACCUGGAAGUGAAAGAAAGUCAGCCACAGCUGCUUGUGACAUCACGGGUCAGGGCAAGUCUCUCUGUGAGCACAUGUUCCAGGACUGGGUCUGAUAUGUGUGAAAACACACACACCUCCUUAGUUGAUGUGGAGAAAUUUAAGCCUGUGCAACCCAAUCUGACCAUGGAUCUCUGCCAGCCUGGAUACUGCAUCAAGGCAAAGAGGGCAGAUACGGAAUAUGGAAUCACCAUUCUCUACUGCCAGCUCCCAUGUUCCCUACCUUUCGAAUAUGCUGGCGCGAGCACUGGAUGGCUCGAAUGCGUGGUGCCAUUGGCGGCGAUCCUGGCUAUGGCUAUCGUCAUGGCUACUCUUGUCAUGGCCAUUGCGAUGACUGUUUACCAGUUCAAAUCGGUGAGCAAGGCUCUGGAUAAUGUCAGCUUGCCAGGAGUUCACACAGGCUCAUGUUCUCCAAUGACUGGGAAGUCAAGCUUAGAAACUGAGCUUGCGUGCAAAGCCUGUCUUCAUGUGCCAUGCCACUCAGGAAGCCCACAGUUAAGACAUGGUGACAAGUCAAAUCUACUGGAAGGCUUUACAGAGCACUUUGAAGUGUAGCUCUGGAGUUUGCCAAAGACGGUAUAUACUUAGUUGUAUUCUUUUUUUAAAUUCUUUAUUUAUGCAUUGCUGGAGUGUUUCAUGAAAAUCCUUUAUUGUGCUGUCAUCCUCCUUUUUUAAAAGACCAUUGCACACAUUUCUCAUUUCAUGUUGAGGUGUAGAAUACAUUUAUUUAUAUGAUAUAUGUCCUGUAUGUUUUGAGAGAUGCCUAUUGUUUAUGCCUGUUCCUGUUGAAAUUUAAUGACUGCAGCUCAUUUAUGAAUAUCCAGUGAUACUGGACAUUCUGUUUGAAAAAAUUCUAAAUAAAUAUUGA